AUGCAAGAUAUGGACACAGAUCUGUUAAACUUCGACGCCUUCUUCGCUCCCAACAACGAUGAAGGCGUGGAAGAUUUAUGGAACCUCGCGGUGACUACAGCUGUAGGCCAUGACGACGAUCUUCUCGAUGUGACUGAGCUGGAGCCUCUCAGCCCGAUCAUCAAGGAAGAGCCCCACGAACAACGUAUUCAAGUUAAGCAGGAACCAACCAACAAGCUGGGACUCAAGAUAGACACGAACAUGGCUAACAACUCCAAGGAGAGUUGGGUAGCGCAGUAUGAGAACGCGAAGACGAAUGGCACGCCGACAGCCACGCUGCCGGCUCGCUUUGCGCUCUUGUCUACUACCUGCGUGUAUGAGCCGGGGUUCACCACGUCUCCACGUGGUAAACGCCGUAUCAACGACUACAUCUUGCCUCUGUUUACUGACGCCGAGCUGUCUGCAAUGGUCGAUUCGCCCUCGAAGCUGUCCACUACGUCAACGUCUUCUGCAGCGCCACGUCAUCAAUAUGUUCAACUCGAUCUUCGACACUUCUCAGUUCCUCACGACACAGCAACCAGUAUUUGA